AAAAGAAGUAAAAAGUUAAUGGCAGCUCAGAAAACACUACAAAAGGAAAGAGAAGAAUAUCUGGCAAAAUGGAAUGAAGAACAAUCAAUCAAACUUGCAAGCAGCAGCCUCCAAGACCUAUCUCUACAGGCUGAAUGCUCCAAAGACCAGAAAUCCUCAUCAGAUACCUCAGAACACCAAGAGGAAGCAUUUACUCCCGGGACUGAUCCUUCCUGUAGCAAGCUUAAACAAACUGUUGACUCCUUGUUCAGAUCGUCAGGACAUCUUUCACGGCAUGCUUCAACACACAGGAGCCAGACGGCAUCAUUACCAGGCUCACUAGUAGGAACACUGAAACCCGAACUCCUUUCAAAAUCUGCCCAGGCAAAACUUCGUAGAAUCCAGAGUGUUUAUGAGGAUCACACCGUUCCUCUGUCUCCGUUUGAAAGGGAGGCUCUGAUGCUUGGAAUCGCUGAUGAAAAUGUGCAACAUAGACAUAUAAAUCAAAUGCUUAUAAGAGGUGAAAAUGUUGUCUCUGUGUCAAUCAUUGAAGACUUUUGA